UGAAAUUGUAGCAUUUUUGUACUGGCCUAGGUUAAGUAUGAUACAAAAUUGAAUCCAUUUGUUUAUAUAAUACAAUUAAUUGGGACGUUGACAUGUAUUCUUAGUUGGAAUUCUUAAAUGUUAUAUUAACAGUUCAAUUUACUUUUUUCUUAAAGUACUAUUUAUUUUUAACAAAAACCUUACUACAGUUGUAUAUAGCUUACCCCAAAAAACUAUGAUAUAUACCUUGUGGUUGGCGUUCAUAGCAUUGUGCUAAACACUUAAAAGGGUACCUAUCAAAAAAAAAAAAAAAAAAGAAAAAGGAAAAAAGAAAAACACUACACUCAAGGAGAAAAUGGCUGUUCUUCAACCAUUGUUACAACAAUCAUGGCAAGAACUACACAAAAUGACCUUCACUCUUCUCCUCCCUCUUCUUUUCCUUUUAUCUUUUCUAUAUGUUUUCAAAUGCAUUAGAAACAGUGAGAAACCCAAUUUACCUCCAUCGCCACCAAAGCUUCCUAUCAUUGGAAACCUUCACCAACUUGGAUCACUCCCACACCGUUCUCUUCAUGCCCUCUCUAAGAAGUAUGGCCCUCUAAUGUUCUUAUAUUUCGGCCAUGCACCAAGCCUUGUGGUGUCAUCUGCAGAUAUGGCAAGAGAAAUGAUGACAACACAUGACAAAGUUUUCUCAAACCGGCCAAAAACCAUAGCUACCAAUUUUUUACUCUAUGGAUGCAUAGACUUGGCAUUCUCACCCUAUGGUGAAUAUUGGAGGAAAGUAAGGAAAGUGUGUGUCCAUGAUCUUUUGAGCAUCAAAAGAGUGCAAUCUCUCCAUUAUGUAAGGGAAGAAGAAGUUGCUAUAUUGAUGAAUAAGGUAUGUGACUCGUGCCUCAAAGGGGUUUCUAUUAAUCUAAGUGAAUUAUUGAUUGAAACCUCUAACAACAUUGUUACUAGAGUUAUUUUUGGAAAAAAGUUUGAAGAACAGGAUGGUAUGGGCAAGCCUUCAGAACUACCAAGAAAGGUAAUGGUGCUAAUUGCAUCAUUUUUUUGGGGGGAUUUUUUCCCUUCUCUGGGUUGGAUUGAUAUUCUUACGGGACUUUUACCAAGUCUAAAAUCCACUGGUAGAGAAAUAGAUGCUUAUCUUGAUGAGGUGCUUGAAGAACACUACAAGACAGCGAAAUGUGAUGAUGAUGAACAUCUUAAUAAGAAAGAUUUUGUGGAUAUUUUCCUCCAACUUCAAAAGGAUGGCAUGCUUGGCUUUGAGCUUCAUCAUGAGAACCUCAAAGCAAUCCUAUUGAACAUGCUUAUAGGAGGCGGCGAUUCAACUUCAACAACUUUGGAAUGGGUGAUGGCAGAACUCAUUAAAAAUCCAAGUAUUAUGAAAAGGGCACAAGAAGAGGUAAGAAGAGUGGUGGGCAAUAAGUCGAAGAUAGAUGUGGAUGAUAUUAGUCAAAUGAAUUACAUGAAAUGUAUCAUCAAAGAAAGUCUAAGACUACAUACACCACUUCCUCUUUCUGCACCUCGAGAAACAUCAGAAAGUGUAAAAUUUGGAGGCUAUGAUAUUCCAGCAAAAACAAGAGUAUUUGUCAAUGUAUGGGCAAUCCAAAGGGACCCUAAACUAUGGGAUAGGCCAGAAGAAUUUAUCCCAGAGAGAUUCAUAGACAACCCAAAUGACUUGAAAGGUCAAAAUUUCGAAUUCAUUCCAUUUGGAGGUGGAAGAAAAGGGUGCCCAGGAAUGGCAUUUGCUAUUGCUGCAGUGGAAUAUUUGCUUGCCAACCUUUUGUGCUGGUUUGAUUGGAGGCUGCCUACUAUUAAUGCACAAGGAGAAGAGUUGGACAUGACUGAAGUUAAUGCACUGACAGCGUUUAGGAAAAAUCGUCUCCAUAUUAUGCCAAUAUUGCACUCUUCUUAAUCUAUCCAAUUUAAUAGGAUUGUGCAGUUGGUGCUUGUGUUCUAUGUAAUUUUUCUUCAUUGUCUUGUUUUGUUUUAAAAUUUGUUGUCUCUUACUUUCGUAUUGAAAUUAAUGUAAAGGGACUUCAGUCGUAAUAAUAAUUUUA